AUGCAGGAUAGGGGAAAACUAUCUUUCUUGGCAUUAAAACCCAAUGAGGAGCGUAGUAAUUUGAAUGCAUCAAUACUGGAUGAGAUAUAUGGUUUGUACAAUGGAUUUAAAGUCAAGGGAAUAUAUAUGGGUGAAAAAAGAAAUAAAGGGCCUGGCUUGAAUAAAUUUACGGGUCAAUACGAAGAUGGCAUAGACGGAGAUGAAGAUGAAUUUGAGGAUAAUAAUGAAGAACUAGGACUAUAUUCAAUAAGUAGAGCAUUGAAUUUAAGAGUUUCUAAAUUAGGGAGAAAAGCCACCGUAAUGAUAAUUGGGAAUGUUUCUGCAGGCAAAAGCACAUUAAUUAAUUGGUUAUUACAAGAAAAUAUUCAAAAGACAGGAAUGGCUAUAGAAACUUGUGGAAUAUCAUUUGUGGUUUCAGGUAAACAAAUUAAUGAAAUUGGUGGUGAGACAGCUUUAAUGAUUUUACCAGAACUUAGAGGAAUUGUGGAGAGAAAUCCAAGUUUACUUACAAGCUUAACUGUAAAGACUUUUCCUUCAAGUCAAGGGAGGUUGCAAAACAUUAACUUUAUUGACACUCCCGGAUUGAUAGAUGGAGAUUCAAUAUAUUCUUUUGAUGUAGAUAAUGUAAUUAAAGAUCUUGCACUAUCUUUAUGUGAUUUAGUUUUGAUAUGCAUUGAUCCUUCAGGCCAGGCUUUGAGUAAAAGGCUCCUAAGUUUGGCAAAAUAUCUUGCAGAAAAUAAUCCCCAAAAGACAAACUUUCUAUUAACAAAAAUUGAUGAAAUUUCUACAGAGGAAGACAGAAUUAAGGUAAUGUGUCAAGUUACUCAAAAUCUUAGCUCCAGUAUUACAAUCAAACACGGUUUUGAUCUAAUUCCAAUUUAUAUUGCUGGCGCAAAGGAUGGGACAUACUUAACUUUAAAAACCCUUCAAUCCUUGGGAGAAGUACUUUCCAAUUCUGAAAAUCAGAAUACAAGUAAUGUCAGAGUUAAGUCUAGUAAAUCUCAGGCCUCUGAUAAAUCAUCUCAAAUAAGUAAUAGUCUCCCCACUCUUAAUAGAAUCUUAGAGGUUGUCAACCAAAUUGAAAGAGUCGUAGACAGGAAGGUCCAAGACAAUAUUGCAACAUUAUUGAAUGACUGUCAGACUCUACUUGAAUGCAAUAAAUGUCUUAUAUAUAAGCAGACACAACUUGAGAAAAAUAUGGAAAAUCUUUCCAGACAAAGAAAUAUCUACAAAAAAUCUUCGGCAUUUGUCCUGUUUCUAAUGUUGAUUAUGGCUAUCUUCCAGGUUUGUAAUUAUGCAGAAUUCAACAUUUUUUCUAAUAAUGAAGAUAUUAACUAUAACAGUACGAUCUCUCUUGAUUUAUCUCCAAAAAACCUUACUAGUGUUUGGCUUUUCCUUACAGCCUCGUUACUCGCUUCAUUUCUACUUUACAGAAAUGUGCAAAAAGAGCAACGAAAAUAUUCUCGCACAAGUCUCAAAUCUUUAAAAAAAUAUUUCUCUGCCUUAAGUUCUAUUAACUCUAAGGCAAUUGACCUACAUAAUUCUUACAUCAACCUUUAA